AUGUCUCAAGCCUCACGUCCAGUUCUGACCAGGCAAAGGCGCCAGGAGAAUUAUAGAGCGUCUUACACUGAAGCUGAUAUGGCUGCGGAGAACUCACCUGAGCCGGAACUCAACAAGGAGUUUAUUCAUACAAAUAUAGGAAAUCCACCAGUCCAGAUACCACUCGAUACAAAUGCUACGAAGAAUGAGAUUGAGAAGAAGAUAAGUGAAGAGUCGAUUACAGACACAGAAGAGGUGAAGCACAAGAGAGGGAGCUUCAGUAUUGAUCCGGAUGGCGAAUUCACUCAUGAUCAAACCACGGUCGAUAUUGUAGCUGUACCGUGUCCUGGAGCUGAUCCUAUUCGAACAUGGAGUCGCGAUGGCCUCAUGAGUCGUUACUAUGGAGCUUUAUCUAUGCGCGACGCUGAAGGUUCAACGGGACCAAGCAACGAUCGACCAGCACCAUCGUGGAUUCGACAAGGAAUUCGACGUGAAGCUGACCGAGCCAGAAUUCUACUUUAUCGACAUCCGUCUGCAGUUGAGGGCGUGAGAUUGAGUACCUUGGCAGAUGCGCUGCUAGAUGAAUUGGACAAGUUACGGAAACGGGAGAACCAGUCGAGACCAGUCGUGUUUGUGGGACAUAGCAUUGGUGGUAUCAUUGUCAAGAUGAUGUUGACAAAGGCGAGCCGAAACUCUUCGUUUGAGGGUAUCUACAGACAGUGUUAUGGCGCUGCAUUUUUCGGCACUCCUCAUCAAGGAUCAAGCUACUUUGCAAUGCCGAGUUUGGCAAAUGGUAUCCAAACCCUGCUUCAACUAUCAGCUCCCCUACCGACAUCAGUAACCGAUGAUCUACGCAUGGGAAACACUCUCCUUCUACAACUCGACGACGACUUCAAGUCUAUAGCUCACGAUUUUCGCAUCUGGACUCUGUAUGAGACUAUUGACUCUCGACUCUCAGCCAACUCAGGGGAUGUUUAUUUCACAGCACCGCUUACGUCGAUAAAGUCUGCAAUUCUGGGUAUGCGACAAGAGACGAUCCUUCCUUUGCAGAGCGACCAUGCCAAUAUUGCUUCUUUUGGAAGGCACAACAUACACACGAUGCGUCUCUUUCUGAAACAGCUAUCUGCUCUUAUCAACCGUGCAGACGAAUACUCUAGCGAGGAUGGAAACUGGUCUUUGAACCUUGAACAAAAGGUCAAUGUCGAGGUGCACGGAUUCUUUGAAGAUCCUCCUGGACCAAUGGAUGUUGCCAACAUCAGAGCUUGGUCUACGAGGCUUCCUUUGCGCGACUUCUUAAGGAAAGGCCCCGAAGAGUGUCUAGCUGAGAGGCUAAAUGAAGUUGAAGCAGUCGACGAGGGGCGAUUCUUGAGGACCAGAGGGAAAACGGCAAUGUUGCCGACUGAGAGUAAAGCUGUUGCUGACACAGUCAAUAACCCUCUUGGUAUCUCCCAGGAUGGAUCAUUCCAGGCAUCUCCAACAUCGCCUGUUAUACGACCCAUCGACUCGGAAAAGACAAGGUCAGAAUCGGCACCCCAAGUCGUAUCAAGAACCCCCCUCACGCCACAAUCACCUGUAGCGAUAUCACCACCAACACACUACUCAACACCAAUGCGUCGCCCUUCACCAUUGAUCCGCGCAAAUUUUGACCAAGAUCUAGCUGUCGAUCGCUUAUCUCCACCUCCACGAGGACGAAUAGGUCGCUCCCUAAGCCGCUCUGCAAGUUUGGGUACCCAGGCUUCACAAUACGAGUAUCGAGAUUUCCCGCCGUUUUCGCACCGCAGCCGAAGCACUAUCGAGGGGUUCAGUGAUGAUGACGACAUGGAAACAUCGCCGAGACUGCCAGAAGCUAUCAUCGCAAUUCGAAAGGUCGUUAAUAAUGGCGGGAGGAGAGCGAGCGAGACGGUGAUAGUGGAUGAAGUGCCAGUUGCGUUCGCGAAGCCUCAGAUUGAAGCCAGGAAGUUUAUAUGGGUUCAUUUACCAUAUAACAAUCCAAGCUGGGUGACGAAAAUAUUCGAGACACUGCAGAAUUCGAAUAACCGCAACUAUUCGCCUCUGUUCAACAACGACUUUUGGGCGACGAGGCAUUCUCGCGGGCGUCACUCCCAGCAUUACGCCUACUUUGCAAAACCAGGAUGCUACUUUUCGGCUCCUCGUCAUAUGUCUCCUCGAGGUCGAACUUCGAAGCAGUCAUCGAUAUCGCCCAAGCCCGACAGUGGGAUUUACACAUGUAUUUUUCUGCCCUAUCUUCACUUCGAUUCUUACAAGCGACUCAUCCGCCGCCGAGAACUCAUUCUACAACGUUUGAACCACGGAAGAGCCCGGCCUGUUCCUGAGUCUGUAGCCAAGUCUGAUUCACUCGAAGCCCAGGUCAUCUGGGAGUUUUUGGGACACGAUCCUCCACUGAACUGUCGAAGAACGUUAGAUCAGUACGGUUACCCUUCGUUGAGGGAUACGAGAUCGCGCGAUGAUGACCAAAUGCUGUAUAAAUUGACCAAAGAGCGUACCUGUACUCCGGGAUUAGGUCCUGGACUUCAUGGGGAAAUGUCGAACAGCACCUCUGGAAGCAGUGGGAGUGGAAGUGGUAGUGGAAGUCGAAAGUCCAAGGCGAGUAGUCACAGCGGAGACGACGAGGGUGACCCAGAGGAUGCUGUUCUAAAUGGCAAUGUGCUCAUGGUAGAUCAAUUGUGGUUGUGGGCUAUCGACUCUCACACGCUUCUCUCGUUCUUUCCCAAGCGCGAGGGCGACGCCAUAGAGGGACCCCUAUAUCAGCAAGCAGACCUUCGAGACAGUAUCUUUAAUGAGGUUAAUGUUGACCUCACUCGACAAUGCGAAAACGCUCUAGAUCUUGCAGCGCUGUCAGUCUUGCAUGCGGUCACUGUACUCCUCGAUAGGUCCUCGCACCCAGAUCUGGAAGUAUUUCGAAUAUUCGAAGAGGCCAUUAGCGUUCUUACCGAAAAACUUACAUUUUCUCUCAAAUCAUUCCGCGCUGAAGGGUUCCGCGAUAAAGCAUCCGCCUAUGAACCAGUCGAGAACAAGGCCCGCUCCAUCAGGGCACGACACAAAGCUGAGGGCCGUCGCACAGAGGAAGAUAAUCGCGACAACACGUCUGCACUUCUCGAACUUAGGGAUAUCGAGGAUGAGCUUCUUCUUUUGAUUCAUCUUUUCGAACGGCAGUCCAAAGUCGUUAGCUCGAUGCUUUCCACUUACACACGUCCCGAAUUGCGUGACCGUACGAUAAAUGGAAGGGCUUUUCUGAGUGAAGCUCUCAAGAAAUUGGCAGAGUAUGCACACCAGGGUCAAGAGAUGAUUGAGCGUGUACGAAGUACAAGGGACGACUACGACAAGUUGCUUCAGAUGGUUCAACGUCAAGCGCAGGUUGAUGAGGUACGGCUGAGUAGACUUCACGCCGACCUUGCCAGUGCGCAGAGCCGCAGUGUCAUGAUCUUCACGACCUUUACCGUUAUUUUUCUACCGCUGACCUUUUUUACUGGGUUGUUCGGUAUGAAUACACGAGAAUGGGGCGGCGAGAACAACCUCCCACUGCAGACUAUCGGGGCCAUCUCUCUCCCAUCGAGUUUUGUACUGGUAGUCUUUUCUUUGGUGGCCGCCUGGAGCACAAACGCCAGACGUCUGGCCAAAUGGCUCACUCGCCUAGGAAAGGCUGUAGUGUCUUGGGUUUGGAGGACCCUAUGUAGACCUGCUGUUGCGACCGUGGCGGGUAUGCUUCCUCAGCGUGUUGAGCGGCAGAGAGAGGAGAGAGAGGCCAGGGGUGGAAGGAUAUUGAGAGAGGAGAUGAGUGAUUUCUGGGAAAGACAUCGAUUGGAGAGAGACAGGGGGUAUUCAGUGCCUGAGAAGAACAAGAAGACUACUCUAGGUGCUAAAGGGAGCUGGAGAAAGGCAAAGUAG